CCCCAAAUCACAUUCGGUUGUCGCGAUUCUCGCGAGAGAGCUUGAAGCAACUACACAUCCGUAGCCGAAGUUGAAAGAUUGUUACAGGAUCCCAAUGUCAAUGAUGAGUUACGCGGAAAAGCCCGAAGAUAUUACUAAAGAUGAAUGGAUGGACAAACUGAACAAUGUACACAUACAGAGGGCUGACAUGAACCGGCUCAUUAUGAAUUACCUGGUGACAGAGGGGUUUAAAGAGGCAGCCGAGAAGUUUCGGAUGGAGUCUGGUAUUGAGCCCAGUGUGGACCUGGACUCUCUGGAUGAGAGGAUAAAGAUUAGAGAGCUGAUCCUGAAGGGAGAGAUACAGGAGGCCAUCGCACUCAUCAACAGUUUACACCCAGAGCUGCUUGAUACCAAGCGCUACCUGUACUUUCACCUGCAGCAACAGCACUUGAUUGAGUUAAUUAGGCUGCAGGAGACAGAGUCUGCAUUGGAGUUUGCCCAGACACAGCUCGCAGAGCAGGGGGAGGAGAGCCGUGAGUGCCUGACAGAGAUGGAGAGGACGCUGGCUCUUCUUGCCUUCGACAACCCAGAGGAGUCGCCCUUUGGAGACCUACUUAACAUGAUGCAGCGACAGAAGGUGUGGAGUGAGGUGAACCAGGCUGUGCUGGACUAUGAGAACAGGGAGUCAACACCCAAGCUGGCCAAGCUACUCAAGCUGCUGUUGUGGGCUCAGAACGAGCUGGACCAGAAGAAAGUCAAAUACCCCAAAAUGACAGACCUCAGCAAAGGCACUAUUGAGGAUCCCAAGUGAAAUGAACGAGCAGUGACAUGGACUACCACACUUCCUUUCUCCUAUUUAUAAUCAGUCGACGACUGGAUGAUAACGUAAUAAUAACAUAUUAUAUAUAAAUAUAAAUACAUUUUUCAUGUUGCAUAUAUGAGAGGACUUAAUUGAUUGUGCAAACCAGUAUAUGGCUUAAAAAGUGACAACUGCUAUGAUGAUUUAAACAUUCAACAGAGUACCCACAUUUAUAGACAUUUUGAGAGACAAAUUUAAAUUACUGGUUUAUAUUUGAUUAUCUGAAAAGGAAGUAUUCACUUUUAUUUGAAUGUCAUUUAAAAAAAAUUGUUUUUAAGCCACUGGGUUGCCACACUGAGUUUGGGAGUUAUGAUUUUAUACAUACAAGGUAGAGUUUGUUAAGCCUAAAUUAGGCUCAUAUGUAAAGGACAGAGGGGAAUAGGCUAAAUGCCACUUUUUCUAGAUAAAGGGUUUGGAUCAAGUGGAAACUGUGUUACCCAGCCUUUAUCUACUGUACUUUGAUUGGUUAUAACCUAUAUUCUGGUCAUCUGGUCUUAACCUGUCUACUGCUGGAUGAAAGUAUUGCUUACAUGGAAAUACUGGUUUCUUUUAAAUGGUUGGCUGAGUUUACAUUCCAUUCUGUCUUUGAAAGACACAUGAAGCUCUGC